AUGUCGUUUGGACACGGCAUGACUAACCCCGGGCAGGGGAUGGAGGAGUACUACGAGCGCAUGCAGUCACAGUGGACCGAAGUAGAUGCAGCCCAGUAUGGCGGUAUCAACCACCCUUAUACCUCGGCUGCGCCGUACCAGUCGGCUUCCAUCAUGACGCCCAUGAGCCUUCCCGAUAGCUCUUUUACCCAACCCCGACCAAGCCCUGUCCUGAGCCAUCAUUCCCAAGAUUUUCAAUACGGUGUGAAUGAACCUAUACAGCCCCACGGAUUCGACAUGACCGCGUUCCCCGGAGAAGUCCCACGGACUUUACCACCCGGCUACGAAUAUAGCCAACCCGCCUAUUCCUUUCCACAGCCGCCUCCGAAGCGGACUCGCAGGAGCCCCAACCCGACAGCCGCGGGCCCCGUUAACAUCCUCCCUCAUCCAGAGGGACUCCAGCGCCUUGAACAAGAGCGCAGGCAGAGCCACGUUGAACCUCACCCACCCCAGCGGCCGCGGGCUCCCGGUCGAGGCCGACGGGACCCGCAAGCUGAAGAAGAAGACGCAUUCGUUGAGCGGCUGCGCGAGCAGAAUCUGGCUUGGAAAGUCAUCCGGGAGAUGUUCCGGGAGACGUUCCACAAAGAUGCGACCGAGGCGCGUCUUCAGAUGCGAUUACUGCGUCGACGCAAGGAGCGCCUCGCCCGGUGGGAUGAGAGCGAUAUUCAACUGCUGAUAAGGGCUCGUGACUACUGGGAGCAUGAGAAGUACAACUUGAUAGCACAGAAGAUGAGGGAGUUAGGAGCAAGGAGGGAAUACAGUCCACAACAAUGUGAAGCGCAGCUACGUUAUCUUGAUGCACGCAAUCGGGCUCCACGAAUAUCGGCUUCUCAACUUUCUCGAAGGCGAACCACGAAAGCCUCUCGCGAAGAAGGCCCCAGCACGACGACAGGAUAG